AUGGUAGGAGUAGUCGCUGAUAUCCAGCAAAUGUUCCAUUCGUUCCUGGUACAGGAAGAACAUAGAGAUUUCCUCAGAUUUCUAUGGCACAAAGAUAAUGUGAUUGAAAACCCACUUGUUACUUACCGUAUGCGUGUACAUGUCUUUGGGAAUCGACUUUCGCCCUCAAUAGCUAUGUAUGGAUUACGUCGAAUAGGAGAAUUAGCCACUGAAUCUCAUGGUGACGAUGUGAAGAAUUUUAUAAACAAUUAUUUCUAUGUUGAUGAUGGCUUGAAGUCUUGCCCGUCAAGCCAAGAUGCUAUAGACUUGAUUCUAAAAACACAAGAAGCCAUGAAAAUGCAUGGAAAUCUGCGACUUCAUAAAUUUGCGUCCAAUAGCAAAGUUGUUAUGAAUGCGUUGGAACCCGGAGACUUAGCAAAGGGACUCGUGGAUAUGGACUUUGAGAAAGACUCACCUACUCAGCGUAGCCUAGGUCUGCUGUGGGAUUUAUGA